CACCCCCGCUGCGCCCCGGGAGGCUGUGACCGCCGGACGGCGGCAGGAAGCACAGCCGUCCUGACGCGUUCCGCUGUCCGUAUGGCGGCCGCCUUGAGGCACGCCUUGCGCCUCAAACAGCUGCUACGGCCCCGCUGGCGCACCAUGCCGUGCUCCGAGGCCGCUCUGCAGCCAUCCCCCAGCAAGAGGCAGAAAGGCUCGGCAGUCGGGGAGCCCUCCGCUCGGCUCCGCUUCACCAAGCUGUCCGAGAACGCCUGCGCUCCGUCCAAGGGCUCUGCGCGAGCCGCGGGCUACGACUUGUACAGUGCCUAUGACUACAUCAUCCCACCCAUGGAAAAGGCUGUCGUGAAAACAGACAUUCAGAUUGCCCUUCCUGCCGGAUGCUAUGGCCGAGUAGCACCACGUUCUGGUUUAGCUGCAAAGCACUUCAUAGAUGUUGGUGCUGGUGUUAUUGAUGAGGAUUACAGGGGAAACGUUGGCGUGGUGCUCUUCAACUUUGGCAAGGAGACUUUUGAAGUUAAGAAAGGGGAUAGAAUUGCCCAGCUCAUCUGCGAACGCAUUUUCUAUCCUGAGCUAGAAGAAGUUCAGACUCUAGAUGAUACAGAACGUGGUGAAGGUGGCUUUGGUUCUACUGGAAAGAACUGAAAAUGAUUUGAAUGUGCUGUCUAUUGCUUUUUUAUUGUUCUACUUCUAAAUUUUCAUUUGAAUUGGAUGUAAUAUUUUUAAUUACUUGGUCUAUUAGUUGCUUUCUUAAAAUAUUUUGUCCUCAUUAAUAUUUGUGUUAACCUCCUGAAAGAAAGCUUUUGUGUGUAUCAAUAUUUUGUACCAAGAGUUUACUUUGUACAGAGAUAGCAAUAAUAUGUGUAUUGAUAUGACUUCCUCCUGUAAUCCCUAAAUUAGAAUAUGGUGAAGAUAUUCAAUAUUGCGUCUCCUAUGACUUUAUUUUUUCAGCU